AGAGCCGCUCGGUCAUGUGAUCAGCUGUGUCCAAUCACAGCUGACUGACAGUUCAAGAGGAGAGCCGGUAAUCGGCAUCCCUCAGAGGGGACACCUACACUGAUCAUCAGAACACUGAUGAACAGUGUGCCCUGAUGAUCUGUGUAGCCCCAGCAGUGCCAGCUGUCAGUGUCCAUCAGUGCCAGCUGUCAGUGCUCAUCCAUGCCACCUACCAGUGCCCAUCAGUGCCACAUUUCAGUGCCUACCAGUGCACAUCAAUGCCACAUAUCCGU